AUGAAUACUUCUUCUACAUCCCCUCCUUCUCCUCAUUCUUCUUCUUCUUUAUCUUCUUCUUCCUCUUCUUCUUCUUCUUCUUCUUCUUCUUUUAACAAAUAUAUUUACAAAUUAAGUAUUAUUCUAAUAUUAAUAUCAAUAGCACUAUAUUAUCACAAUUACUCAACAACAAUAGCAAUAACAAGCAAUAAUAACUAUAACAGCAGAAUGGAAAGAUUGAAACAGGUGUAUGAAGAGUUGGUUACUGAUAUAGAGUUGAUGGUAGAUAUGACAUGUCAUAGAUGUGUUGCUGCUAUCGAUGAAGCUGUCAAAAAGAACCUACCAAGGAGUACACUAAAGAAAGCAUCGGUAGAAGACCAAUCGGUGAUUAUAGAGUCACAUGGUGACCUCUCUAUCGAUGUUUUAGAGACUAUAAGAGAGACUGGUAGAACUGCGUCUAUCAGUGGUUUUGGUAACAAGGCUACUAGUGCCGUUUGUGCAAUGGGUAUAUUUGAAGGUUGGGAAAAGGGUUGUGGUGGUGCUGGUGGUGAAGGUGUCAAAGGUGUCAAUGGAGUAUUUAGAUUGAUUGAAAUAUCUGCUCCUGAUCAACAUGAAGAUAACCACGAUCAUCAACAUCAUCAAGAAGAAUCACAACAACAACAAGAUAAUCAUACAAUAUUAUUUGAAGGUAGAAUUACAGGAUUAGAAAAUAAUAUUAAACACUCGCUUGUCAUACACCAAGCAGGUGAUCUUUCACAAGGUUGCAACUCGGUUGGUAAACCAUAUGUAUAUAAUAAUAAUAAUAAUAAUAAUAAUAAACAAGAGGAUAGUGGAGUAGUUGGAAUAACCUAUUCAAAAGAUGGAAAGGUAGAAUUUAGAAUUACAAACGAUCGAUAUGAUAUAUUUGAUUUAAUUGGACGGUCAUUGGUAUUACACGACAAUGAAAGAGACAAGAGAAUAGCAUGUGGAAUCAUCACUAGAGCUGCUUCUAUUGGUCAAAAUAAGAAAAAGGUUUGUCCAUGUGAUCCAAAACCAGCAGCAACUACUGAAACUACUACUACUGGUAGUACAGCUGAUUCGAAAUUAUAA